UUGUUCCCUCUUCAUUAGGUCUAGGCUUUCGACCAAUGCCCCCAGAAGCGAAUGUUGAGAGCACAUUAGUUUGGUACGAGUCAUCAAAGAAAGAUAACUAUAAAUACUGGGUGGACGAGACUUCACGUUUUCUGAAAUCUUACCAGGAUCUUGAGAAGCAAAACCAAGUGAACUGUAGCUUUGAACAUCCACCACAAGACGACAAAGUCUGCGGCAUUGAUUUCUCCAGCUUCUCGCCAUGUACAGCUGACAACAACUUUGGCUAUCACGUUGCCCGGCCAUGUAUAUUCCUUAAGUUGAAUAAGAUUUACAAUUGGAUACCAGAAAUUUACAACGAUUCUAAGACCUUGCCAGAUCAUAUGCCAGAGGAACUAAAACAGCACAUCAAGGAAAAGCAAAGUCUUAGACCCAAUGAAACAAAUGUAGUUUGGGUCUCGUGCGAGGGAGAAAAUCCCGCUGAUGUCGAAAACAUAAAAGCACGUGACUACUAUCCACGCAUGGGUUUCCCUCGUUACUAUUUUCCGUUCAAAAACAUUCAGGGAUAUAUACCGCCCAUUGUUGCUGUUCAAUUUACCGUUGAAACCGGUGUUUUGAUCAACAUUGAGUGUAAAGCUUGGGCCCGCAACAUAAAUCACGACCGUUCAGACAGAAGAGGAUCCGUUCACUUCGAGUUGAUGGUUGAUUAAGAGAAGAUGCGUUAUGAAGAUGCCAUUGGCGCGAUACGAUCGACCGUUUCAAGGGGCACCAAAAAAAAUAUGAGAAAAUAAAAUAAAAUAAGACAAUGGAAUACAGAAAAAAUCGGCAACAAAUACGAACAAAAUGAAGAAGCGCAGAAACGUCAGGUUAAUGCAAAAAACAAAAAAAAAAC